AUGGCUUCAGCAAAGACGAGUAGUCGUUCACGAGGGACGCCGGUGAAGGAGAAUGGCCCCAAGCUAGAGGAAGGACUCAAAGUCUUCAAGUCUGAUAGAUUCAACGCCGAUUCUUAUGUUCAGUCCAAAUGCUCUCUCAACGAAAAGGAAAUAAGGCAUUUGUGUUCGUAUCUUUUGGAUUUAAAGAGAGCUUCUGCUGAAGAAAUGCGAAAAAGUGUUUACGCUAAUUAUGCUGCUUUUAUAAGGACGUCGAAGGAGAUAUCUGAUUUGGAAGGGGAGCUUUCGUCUAUAAGGAACCUGUUAUCUACACAAGCAACUUUGAUUCAUGGUUUAGCGGAGGGAGUUAAUAUUGAUUCUUUAUCUUUAAAAGCAUCUGAAGGGUCUAUGGUAAAUGGGUUGUCAUCGAAUGUUGAAGACAGAGAGCCAUCUGAUUUGGAGAAAUGGUCGGCCGAGUUCCCAGAUAUGCUAGAUGUUUUGUUAGCUGAGAGGAGAGUGGAUGAAGCUCUGGCAGCACUUGAUGAAGGAGAACGUGUAGCUGCUGAAGCAGAAAAAACAGAAUCAUUGAGUUUUGGUAUACUUAAGCCUUUAGAGAUGGCCAUUACGGAACGGAGGCAAAAGUUGGCCGAUCAACUUGCUGAAGUUGCUUGCCAACCUUCUACUCGCAGUAGUGAACUUCGUGCAUCUAUAUCAGCUCUUAAAAAGCUUGGGGAUGGGCCUCGAGCUCAUAGUUUGCUCCUCAAUGCACACCUCCAAAGAUAUCAGUAUAAUAUGCAAAGCCUUCGCCCAUCAAGCACCUCAUAUGGAGGAGCGUAUACUGCUGCAUUGUCACAGAUAGUAUUUUCUGCUAUCGCUCAAGCUGCUUGUGAUUCUUUGGCUAUUUUUGGUAAGGAACGAGAGUAUAGGUCUGAGCUUGUGGUAUGGGCUACCAAGCAAACGGAGGCCUUUGCUAUUCUUGUUAAAAGACAUGCAUUAGCAUCAUCAGCAGCUGCUGGAGGUUUAAGAGCUGCUGCAGAGUGUGUUCAAAUAGCUUUAGGUCAUUGCUCUUUGUUGGAAGCUCGUGGCUUGGCACUCUGUCCUGUGCUCUUAAAACUAUUUAGGCCUAGUGUUGAACAAGCCUUAGAUGCUAAUCUAAAACGAAUUGAAGAGAGCACUGCUGCUUUGGCUGCUGCUGAUGAUUGGGUGCUCACUUAUCCUCCAACCAUUACUAAACAGUCUGGCAGGUCUUCUGUUACAUCUCUUGGUAAUGCAGCAGCAUUUCAACAUAAACUUACAAGUAGUGCCCAUCGCUUCAAUUUAAUGGUCCAGGACUUCUUUGAGGAUGUAGGACCACUCUUAAGCAUGCAGUUGGGAGGCCAGACACUGGAAGGUUUGUUCCAAGUGUUUAACUCAUAUGUGAACAUGCUUAUAAAAGCUUUACCAGGUUCAAUGGAAGAAGAAGCGAACUUUGAAGGUUCCGGAAAUAAAAUUGUGCGAAUGGCUGAGACUGAAUCCCAGCAAAUUGCGUUGCUGGCAAAUGCUUCAUUAUUAGCAGAUGAACUACUCCCACGCGCUGCCAUGAAACUUGCACCUCUGAAUCAGACUAAUUACAAGGAUGAACCACGCAGAAGACCUUUAGAUAGGCAGAACCGUCAUCCUGAGCAGCGAGAAUGGAGGAAGCGGCUAGGGGGUUCAGUUGAUAGAUUAAAAGAUACUUUCUGUCGACAACAUGCACUGGAUCUCAUUUUUACAGAAGAUGGUGAUAGCCAUCUUACUGCAGAAAUGUAUAUAAACAUGGUUGGAGAUGCAGAUGAGGUGGAUUGGUUUCCAUCCCCAAUAUUCCAGGAACUUUUUGUAAAACUGAACUGCAUGGCAACUAUAGCAGCAGAGAUGUUUGUAGGAAGGGAAAGAUUUGCUACAUUGCUAUUGAUGAGACUUACAGAAACAGUCAUUUUAUGGCUUUCAGAAGACCAAAGUUUUUGGGAUGAUAUUGAGGAAGGCCCAAGGCCUUUAGGCCCUCUUGGUCUACAACAGUUCUAUUUGGACAUGAAGUUUGUCAUGUGCUUUGCUUCCCAAGGACGCUACUUGUCACGGAAUUUGCAUCGAGUCGUCAAUGAAAUCAUUUCAAAAGCUGUGGCAGUAUUCUCUGCAACAGGGAUGGAUCCAGACAGGGUGCUGCCAGAAGAUGACUGGUUUAAUGACAUUUGCCUAGAUGCAGUGGAAAGAUUAAGUGGAAAACCAAAAGCCAUCGAUGGAGAUAGAGAACCUAACAGCCCAACAGCCUCUGUCUCGGCACAAUCAAUUUCUUCAGUCAGAUCUCACGGAAGCUCGUAA